AUGACCACGCUUGCCAAUACAGGUGAAGGUCCGCUCCAGGUGCCUGGAUUUGGCUCCAUCCCCUUGGACUACCAGCUCCCGCCAGAGGCCCGCUUCGCCCAUGGGCUCAGUGGGAUCGGGCUAUAUUGGACUUUGACGAACCCCGACUCACGCAAUUGGCACCGGGACGCCACGGAAGGACCUGAGGGCUUCCUCAUCAGUGCUGCCGCAUGGGAUUGGUGCCUGGCCGAACUGCGCGAUAAGGCCGGGGAGUGGCGGAGAACAGGACGUCUGUUGACUUUUGACAGCUCCUCGGUCGUGUGUCAAUCCGAUGUGUCAAUAGCGUCCAACCAAUUUUCUUGGAAAGACGAGCUAAAAGAAGGGUUCCAAGCCGAGGUAGCCCGAUUGCGCUCACAGCUGGGACAUCCAGAUUGCCCCCUAGUGGAUUCGUGCCUGUAUCCGCUCGUCUAUGGCCACUCCAGGGUUCUCGUUCACGGCGGGCAGGUGGCCUUGGGCGAUCUGUUGAGCUCGGAGGGGGGUUCUCUCGGGGACAUGCCGGCUCCCCCACCUCCUCAUCCCCUAGAUGGCCUCCGACGUCCGAUAACUCCUUAUGAGGAUUUACAUCGCAGGCCCGGGCUCGGUGGGAAGGAGAGCUGCUGGUCGAACCGCUUUCAAUGGCUUCCCUAUGAAGUACGGUUCAAGGAUACGGCCACAGCGCCCACGAACCCCAUAGACAUCCGAAUCACUUCCUACGUCAAUAACCUGCAUCCCGCUGACUACCGUCAGCUGUACAAGCACCUUGAGCACCUGAUCGCGCGUUCCAUUCCUUCUUGGAACAAAGUCCUAUUUUACGGCAACACCCAUGGCCGUCAUCCGCCACGCAUCCUGACAUAUGGAUGCCGCAUCCAUAACCAUCACGACGAGCACCCAUUAUUCAAUCGGUUGGCAUCGUAUCCCCGCUGGCAAAUGCAAUGCCAGACGUACAAGGAGUGGCACGAGCUUUGUACCGCGGUCCGAGAGUACGUGCAGGGGCCCGAGCCACCGAAAUGGAAGCAGGCGGAUCCCCUGCCCCACGAGCCGGACAAUCUACUGGAUACCAUACUCCCUCCGGAGCAUUGGGACGUCCCCAAGGAAGUGCACAUACUGGCCAGACUCAAGCGCACCCGCCAAGCCUGUCGGCCGGGGAAUUUGACCCUGGUCAAGCUUCGUCUCGUUGACCCUCACUACCGCAUUUGCUCAACACGGAAUGUGCCUCCGCAACAGCAUGACUGGUGGGCCUCGGCCGCGAGAGAGGCAGCCCAGCUGGAUCGGCGCUUACCGCCAGAGCUAGUGUGA